UGAUUCAAUCUUAAUCCGAGUCCCACUCCCACACACAAAUGUCUGUUGCUGCGGGUCUGCCAUCGCCCAACCACGUCCAGCGCGGGUACCUGUACAAGGAGGGCGGCUCGAUUGUGAGCUCGCGGUGGCAGCGGCGCUGGUUUGCGCUCGAGUCGAACGAGACGGCGAUCAGCUACUGGAAGUCGAGCGCAGCCACCGCCGAGGCCGCACCGCUCGGGACCAUCUACAUUGAGGACGUCGUCGCAGUCACCGACCUCUCGGCCACGGGCGACAAGCGCGUCCUCCUCAGCAGCGGCGCAGCAGCAUCAUCGGGUGGAGCGGCAGGCUCCAAUGCUGCUGCCACCACUGGCUCUGCUACUGCUGCUGCUACUACUACUACUACUACUACGACUACUACUGGCUCUGCUGCUACUGCUACUGCUACUGCUGCCGCGGCUGGGUCGACGGCGACGUUGGCGCCUCGCGCUGGUCCAACCACCCCGAAUGCCUCGUUCACGAGCUCAUCAUCCGUGGCUGGGCUGCCAUCGGAAGCUCAAUUCCCUUUCAAAAUCACAUGCGUCAAUCGUGAUUACGUGCUUGCUGCGGAAACCGCGGAGGACAAGAACGAGUGGGUUCGCGUGCUGCGCGAGGUCUGCCUCACGAAAGCCGAAAUGUUCCCCGUGGCCGGAGGCGCAAGUCGCGCUGGAUUUGAUCCGCCGCACUUUGUCACUGCAGAAUGCUUUGUGACGCGGGGUGUGCGCAUUCACGGCCGGGUACCAAUCUCGUUGCUCGGAGCACUGGCACCCGGAUUGCAUCCUGAUAAGAAACGACGCGACGAGCGAGGCUGGUUUGCCGACAUUCAUGUCCCAGUCGCCCGCUUGGUCAAUAUUUUCGUUGGGUUUGGGUUUCAGCUGACCACCUUGUUUGCAACCGAGUCCAUCAACUCGCUGGAUCCGACGGGUCCCACAGUUCCGUCCACGAUCGCCGUCUUCACCAUGCCGCAGCAACGGGCGCGAGGGUUUACUGUUGUCGCAUCUACACCCAUGAAACGGCCGCCGCCUCCGUCGGUCGCCCCAACAACUGCCAACGCCUCAACUCCACCUCCGAAGCCUGCACCCAUCGGAGCACAGCGUUUGCCGCCUGCUUCGCCUGUCGCGCUCAAAGCGACGCCGGCACCUGUAGCCCGGCCGCCUCCACCGGCACAAUCCCGCCCCACCAAGCCCGUACCUCCAGGCUCUGCACCACUGUCGCCAUCACCCACUGCUGCAGCUGCUACUUCGCCUGCUGCUGCCCUUGCUGCUGCUGCUGCUGCUAACACACGACCAGUCGUUAAGCCAGAGCGACCACCAGCCGCUCUUGCCUCCAAUCGCAUGUCCACCACUUUCCAGCUCACCGAUUUGAUCGACGAAGAGCUCGAGUCGCUAAUGCGCAAGUUUGAAAUGUCUGCGGAUUUCGUGUGAUUUCGCAGUGUGUUGUCUAGUUGCGAGCCGUUUUUUGAGUUUUUCAAGUACCUUGUCAAGUUCGUGUUGUUAUUUUUUGCUAUUAGAAUCAGCGGGUUGCCUUUUCAUCUGAAAUCAGCGGUUUCUUUCAAAAAUAUACACACCAACAACA